AUGGACCAAGCAUCAGCAGCAUUUUGCUUCUUGUAUAAGUCCUAUCAACCUUUGCAUGAGGAGGAAGGUCUGAACUGGGAACUUGAAUGCAACCUUAAAGAAAGGCACAACAUUCACACGAAGCAGCUGUACGGCAGUGGGACUGCUUUUCGGUUUUUCAUUUGUCAGCUCAUAAUAAUGAAGCUUUGUGAACCCAUGAUGGACAUGAAUAUGCCUGAUUACACCGAAACACUGGAUUCAUCCUAUACUAUGCUUGAGUUUGAUAGCCUGAGAGUACUGCCACCAAAUAACGAAGCCAUUCCAUCAGAAGCUAGUAACAUUAGUGUGUUGAUGAACAAUGGUGUCAGUGCCAUGUGCUCAAUCUGUGGUGAUCGUGCAACAGGGAAACACUACGGCGCUUCCAGCUGUGAUGGAUGCAAAGGUUUCUUCAGGAGAAGUGUUCGGAAAAAUCAUGUCUAUACCUGCAGGUUUAGCAGGCAGUGUGUGGUCGACAAGGACAAAAGGAACCAGUGCAGGUACUGCAGACUCAAGAAGUGCUUCAGAGCUGGGAUGAGAAAGGAAGCUGUACAAAAUGAAAGGGACAGGAUCAGCAUUCGCAGAACCAGCUAUGAAGAUAUUGGCUCUCUUUCUAUUACAACCUUGGUACAAGCAGAAGCAAUGGCUAGGCAGCAGAUGUCUGCUUUAAGUCCUGUUCAUCAUGCUGAUAUUGCAAUGAAGAAGAUAGCAACCAUCAAUGACGUCAGUGAAUCCAUGAAGCAGCAGCUACUUGUGUUGGUAGAAUGGGCAAAAUCUAUCCCAGCAUUCUGUGAAUUACUCCUGGAUGACCAGGUUGCAUUGCUUAGAGCUCAUGCAGGGGAGCACUUGCUGCUGGGUCUGGCCAGACGUUCGAUUCCCUACAAGGACAUUCUCUUGCUAGGAAAUGAUUUCAUCAUUCCCAGGCACUGCCCAGAGUUAGAGAUUAUGCGUGUUGCAAACAGGAUUCUGGAUGAGCUGGUGAAGCCAUUACUUGACCUCCAGAUAGAUGAAAAUGAAUUUGCUUGCCUCAAGGCUGUGGUAUUUUUUGAUCCAGAUUGCAGGGGUAUAAGCGAUUCGGCAAAAAUCAAAAACAUGCGAUUUCAAGUGCAGGUCAACCUGGAGGAUUAUAUCAAUGAUCGGCAGUAUGACUCACGUGGACGAUUUGGUGAUAUCCUACUGCUUCUCCCACCACUGCAGAGCAUCACGUGGCAGAUGAUUGAACAGAUUCAGUUUGUCAGACUCUUCGGAGUGGCAAGAAUUGAUAAUCUGUUGCAGGAAAUGCUCCUGGGAGGAUCCACAACUGAGUUAACGCAGUACCCACAUUCUGGUCUGGUUCACAGUUCUUUAGGUGGCCCUGCAGCGAUGUCAGCUGGUGUGUCCUCAGCAAUCCGUCACGUUCAAAUCUCAUCACCGGAGACUCCACUUCCACCCCCAUCUUCUGGCUCUGGAAAUGAGGAAUAUAAACUGCAUCCUGUUGCCCAAAUCCAGACUCCCUCUGCACGUAUGCUGCCUCAAGCCAUCAUUCCCAAGCAGGAAAUACUGUAA